CAAAUCAACAAGUAUUAAAACUAUCACUUUUGUCUGACAUGUUGAAAGACUUCGUCUACCGAAAUUAUGUCAACAGAACAUCUGACAUGUCAAAGAGUCCUCUCCAUUACCGUUCUGCUAGGUUUCAUGAUCCACCACAUGCUCCGAGUCAACAUCUCAAUCGCAAUAGUAGAAAUGAUUUUCAGAAAUACCUCUAACACCACACAGGAAAACUACGGACCUCGAUACAACUGGGACGAGAAGCAAAAAAACGACAUUUUCGGUUACUUUUUCUGGGGUUAUAUCAUAACCCAAAUUCCAGGAGGAAGACUCUCAGAGAAGCUAGGAGCAAAAAUCGUCGUAGGGACUGGUCUCCUGGCGGCCAGUCUUUUGACCCUACUCACACCCGUAGCAGCCCAUUUGGGUCACUUUUGUCUAGUUGUGGACAGAUUCUGUCUUGGGAUAGCUCUAGGCAUUCACUGGCCAUCAACACCUCCCAUUGCAACGAAAUGGAUACCACCUGCAGAUCGUGCAACUUUUAUGUCCCAUAUGGCUGCUAGUUCAUUAGGGGUUGCAAUUACGUUGCCUGUUUGUGGCUACUUGAUAACUUACUGGGGUUGGGCUAGUGUUUUCUACGUCACGGGAAGUAUAUCCCUAACGUGGUCCCUCUGUUGGUUUUACUUGAUUUAUGACUCACCAGAAGAGCAUCCAAGGAUAACUAGCAGCGAAAAAGACAAGUUGAGGAAAGAUAUCAAGCCUGUUAACACUUCAUUAAGGAAACCUCCAAUUCCUUGGACUAAACUUUUGACUUCAGGACCUGUAUGGUCCGUGAUCAUGGGUAAUACUUGUGCUGGGUGCACUUUCUUUGUAGCUUUCAACCAACUGCCAACUUACAUGAGUCAAGUGCUGCACUUCAAUAUCAAAACAAAUGGAUGGUUUUCGAGCCUACCCUAUCUAGUGAGAUAUCUUGUGUCAGUUUUGACUUCCGUGGCCGCUGACAAAUUAAAAAGAACUGACAAAUUUUCGACCACUACCAUACGAAAAUUCUUCAAUGUUGCGUUCUUCGCUGGUGCUGGGUGUCUCUUCACGGUGCAAGCCUUCUGGGGCUACAGCGGAGUCGUCUCCGUUGCGGUUUUUACGGGAUCUUUGGGCUUGUUGGGUUUGGUCACCGCAGGCUUUCAUACGAAUCCUCUAGACAUAGCGCCUGCUUUCGCCGGGACCAUUUUUGGAGUCAGUCAGGUGCCGAUGUCCCUUGUGGGGUAUGCUACCACAGAAGUGGUGGCGUUUUUCACGAAGAAGAAGCAAGGGUUCGAGCAAUGGGCCUACGUUUUCUGGAUGUUGGUAGGGGUGAAUAUUUUUGCGGCUGUUUUCUCUUUGGUGUUUACUUCUGGGGAGGAACAGAGUUGGAGUGUGGAUGCUGAUGCGAAGGAGAGGGAGAAAUUGGAGGGCAACGAACUAUCAAAUAAAGUUUAGAUUUUUUUAGUUUACAUUGUAUGUUGCUGGUUAUUUUUUGAUUUCUGGUUUGUGAUUGACUCAAUUUUGCAAAAUAUGGUAUCGUCUGUAUCGAACUGUGUACAAUAAAAAAUAUACUUGGAGCAGGCGGUGAAAAUAAAUUUGUAUGGUUUUUUUAGCCUGCAGAAACAGUCACGUUAAAAAUUCAUGAUUGCUGAAAGUCAGAUGUCAAUUAUCUGUCAACCUGACUGCAUUAAUGAUAGUAUAUUUGGUUGCCUAUUUAGUCUCCAAAAUAAUUAGCCUGUUAUAAAUCAAAUGCAAAUUAUAAUUUGAAGGCCCACUCCAAAUAUUGUUUUUAUUGUAUACCCGUUACUAUAGUUUUCUAUUUAUUUAUUUACCUAGCCGAUAGUUCUUCUAUAUUUUUGGUACACGACUUAAAAAUUGCAAUAUACCGGGUGUGUUUAAAAUGGCGGAUUAACUCUUCAUUCUUUAUGAUGUAUAUUUCGAAAAAAAUGCAAUUUCAUAAUAUAAUAUAUUUUUUUUUAGGACAAUAACCAUAUCAACCAGCAGUCAUUAAUCGGUGUGCAUAAU